CCUCGUCGUCGCAGAGUCACCACCAAUCCAACCAGUCCACCAGUCCACCACCAUGUCGUUGUCGCCGCCGCCGCCGCCGUCGCCGCCCAUGUCCCCCGACGCUCCAUCUGUCGUCGGAUCCGUCCGUGGCCGCGACCAGCUGAUGGAGACGACUGAGUUCGGGCCUCUAUCUGUACUACCCCAGGCGACAUCCAAUCCCGACAUCAUACCACCACCAACCGUGCAUCCCCUUCUCCAGGCCGGCCCCCCGCAUUCUCGCUCAGCGACUGCCCCCACAGCUCCUAUUCCAAUUCCUAAGCCAACAUCCUACCUUGGCCUCACCUCACGGGCUUUAAAAGCCCCAACCCAACCCGCCAUGAUCUUCUCCGACAUUUAUAGGAGCCCGCGAUCUCCUAUUGCAAAGCUUCGUCACCAGUCCAUCCAACUUUCUACGCCAUUGUCCGCUGUAACUCCGGAUUGGGUCGGUGAAGAGCAUGCCGAUCUAUUGAGUAAGGACAAGACCAAGCAGAAGGAGGCGGUCAAGCGAUAUCUGGAGACCAAGGUCAAGAACGAUUGGGACUUCCAAUGGCCAUCCCGGGUCGCAAAGCCGAUCCCAGACAAUAACAUCCCCGACGACACAAUUACUACUCCAACAGGCCAAGCAACUACCGUCGAUGCCAUCCAGCCUACCAAACCCGUUCAGGAUGAAACGAAAGAUGACACCGGCUACCAAGUUGACGACGAUGACGACGCCAACUCUGCAGAUGAGAGCGACGCGGAAUCCAUUUACAGCACGGUCUCUGAAGAUCCAGUAAACUACCGCCCCCGCACGGAGUGGACCUCGGACCUCUCCGACGACGAACCUCUUCCCUCCCGUUCACCUUUUCGCUUCGAUAGCCCAGGCACUGUUGGGCCAACCGUGCAAGCCGCCAUUUUGGCCAAGCAAGCCAAACGCCGGAGAGCCGUGCGAAAGGAGGUGGAAUGGAAUGAAGGUUUGGCCUGCUUCGAAGCUAGGCGCAAGGCAUGGACAGGCGCUCGCACGGUUCGCAUCCGCACCAAGCCUGUCUCUCCCCCUUCUGUUUCUCCACGCUCCCCACGCCGCUUCUUCUUUCGUCGCUCAAUGUCUAGCUCACCGCCGAGCUCCACAGUCUCGUCCACUCACCCACCGGGUGGCAGCGAUGGCUCCGACGCCUCCUCCUUGGCAAAGGGCGACGAGAAGGAGCUGCAGAAGCAGCAGUCUAAGGAUACAAGCCCGCCAACGCCUCCAUCGAGCCAGAACUACCCAGUCGAGACGCUCAUCCCCAUUGCGCCACCCCUGCUACCCCCCAACAACCCGCUUCGCGCAUCCAUCACACCAUCCGUCUAUCUCAGUCUCUACGACAAGGUCAUCAUCCACAAUCUACAGCCCUCAUGUCCCAUCAACCUCUCUGACAUGCUCCGUGCCUGUGUUACCGGCUGGAAGCGAGACGGUGAAUGGCCUCCUCGUGCUACUGUCGCAGUUCCUGCUUCCGUGGUCCGCAAGAAGAAGAAGCCAACUCCGCCGCCGCAGGAGAAUUCGGGCAACGUCGCCCGCCGUAUGAGCUUUGGAUUGCUCGGGCGCGAUAAAGAUGAAGAGUCGGCUCCCGCCAAGAUAUUUCGACGCAGCCUUCAUAAGGCACUUGGUAUUGCGAACUAUGGGGCCCAAGACGUCCCAGCGGCAGAGAAGCCCAAGUAGGACUGAAUAAUGGGCCAUGAUACAAUGACAAUUUCACGAUUAUGAUUGGAUGGGCAGGCUACCAAGUAUGCCUUUGACCAUGACGCAAGGCGCAAGGCAUUCGGGUUUUACGGCACAUCGGGGGCGCGCAUGUGGCAGCGUGGGUUUCUUUACUCAUCUCUGUGCCAAACAUCCAUCUCUAUGAAAAAGGUGGUGUUUGUUCUUGGCGUUGUAUAUACCCCAUCACCUGGAUUACAUAGCCGGGCCUAGAAUUAUAUUGCUCUAGUCCGUUAUCUGUAGCGGCGCGAAUGAUAAUUCGAUAUAGCAUUUCAUUGAAGACCUGAAUUGGGUGGUGCGAUUCUAUACAGGGGAUUGAAGAUGAUUGAAUUAUGGAGUUCUCAACUUGUCCUUCGAUCACAAUUGCUCAACUAUACCAACUACACCAAGU